GCUCGAGCCGGCGAGCGUUUGGCUCCUUCGAUGAUUUCUCUUUGUUCGUAUUACUACCUCCUCAUCUACGUCGUCAUCGUCGUCAUUAUUCUAAUUAUUCUAAUCGUCAUAAUCGCAAUACUCGUCAUAUUCUUCCUUUUGUUAUUCCUUAUAUCUUCUUUUUUUCUUCCUUUAUCUCUUCUUCUUCUUAUUCUUCCUCGUCUUCCUCGUCUUCCUCCACCAUCUUCUUAUCCACCCUUAAUAUCUUCUUCCUCUUCCUCAUUUCUUUCUUCUUACUCUUUUUCAUCCUUUACUUCCUCCAUUCACUUCUCUUCUUCUCCCUUUUAUUAUCCUUUCGUUUAUUCGAUAUCGCACGCCUGAAGAAGAACGUAUGCGAGUCCGCGUGUGAUCAAAUUAUUUCUAACUGAGUUGUGUAUACAUUUAUUAAUAUUAUUAUUAUUAUUAUUAUUAUUAUUAUUAUUAUUAUUCCGUUUUCUUUUCUUUCGUUUGAUUAUUAUUAUUAUUUCCUUUUUUUUUGUUCUUUUUUUUUUUUUUUUAAUUUGUUUACUUCCAAACGAUAUAAAACUUUUCCAAGACGAAAUAUAUGAAGUUCAUUGGUUUCGAUGUCGAAAAUUCUUAUAUAACCAAAUUCAACGACGAACAUUCAUCAUUGGAUUCAGUGAUUAAAGAAGGAGAAAAUAUACGUGGGAUACGUUAUAAAGCAUUAACUCGGAGACUUCAAUGAGCGGUAGCAGAAUGUCGCGAUGCAUGGAACAUCCUGGCCGUCGAUGUUUCUCGAGCACGUCGAGCUGACAACAUUCAGCGCCACGAUCUCGACGCGAGAUCGAAAGCCUGAUGUGCGAAUGGGAAGUAAGAAGGAAGGGGAUUACAUUUAGGACGUAUCUAUCAAUCGUCGAUAACAUUGGAUACAAGAAAAAUAAUAUACUUCAUCAUCGUGGAAGAAAAUAUCUGGAUAAUCAUUUGGUUUUACUUAUUAUAUUUCUUCGUUUUUGGUUAAUUUGUUUCCUCAUUUUUCUUACGUAUUUACAUGUUGACAUGUAGUGAUCAUCGAUUUCUACGAACGAUCUUGACCUCAUAUCGAAUCGGAUUAAUCUUUUAGUAUAUACGUUUAUUUAUUUACAUUUCUUUUUAUUCUCUUCUCCUCAUAUUGUUUAUCUUACUCUUAAUGAAUACAUUCACGUGUCUAUUAUCUAAGAUCGUUCGUUCAGUUAUGUGAGUGUUAACGUUCACGUGAUAAAGAACAUAACCGAAGGUGGAAGGACGAAUCUCUUCUAACGUCCGUUUGUGUAUACGAUUAUAUAUAUAUAUACAUAUAUAUAUAUAUAUAUAUAUAUAUAUAUAUACAUAUAUUACGUUAUUUAACACGACCUACGUGGGAAAUUAUUUCAAACGUCAAUAAUAAAACGCAGCAUGGAGGAUAUGAGCGUUACAACUGCCGCCAGUACAACAACUACUAGUACAAAUACGGUUAGUCCUAGCGUGAAUGACAUGGAUUGGUUCGCCGGCGUUGCGGAAGAGGAAUUGCUCUAUUACACUGGCGUCGGCAACGACGUAGACUCGUUAUGGGCCGUCAUAGGGAGUUUUGUGCCGCCACCACCAAGGCCACCUUAUCUUCCAGAGGAGGGUAUCGCCACCGAUGGACUUACCACCUGUGAUCUGUGCUCCUGGGCGUGGAGAAACGACAGGCAUUCAUUCUCCUUAGACGGAACUCUUGCUCCCGGAGAACUAGGAUGGGUUUUAACAUUAGUGAUAGUAUCCUUAGUAUCAGCAGGCAUUGGCGCGGUCGUUAUGGUAACGCUUUUACAUUGUCGCAGAAUAAAAAGUGCAAAUGGCAGAGCGAACUGUUGCGGUGUUGGCGUAGAAGAUCCUAACUCUCAGGAAGCUGGCUCAAAUGGUGGAGGGGGUGGGAAUGGUGGUGGGAUAGCCGUUAUACCAGAUCGAGCUUCUCUAGAACUUGACAAGCUACCCCCUUAUCAGGACAUUGCUCCUAGUCCCGGACACAAUGUCUGGUCAUGGCUCGGUUCAAGACGAGGUGGUGGUACAACGGGUGUCGUCACCACGCCCUUGUCUCUUCCUCAACAUAGGAGAGCAAUGAACUUACCAGUUGAGAAUCAUUAUACCCAUAUGCAAACGGACGAGGCACUAUACGCCGAACUUGACUCUCAGGCGGCGAGCUACGCGAGCGAUCUUCAGUUGCAAAUGAGAGGAAGUUCGACGUACGGCACAACUUCCGCCGGUCAAGACGACGAGUAUCACGAACUCGACGCGACGAGAUUGCAUCGCCAUUAUGGAGCUGGAAGCGGAGAUGAAACUUUGCAAAGGGAGACCCUUAGAACGCGACAUAGCAAAAGGCUACAAGAACCCGAUUACGAAAUGUAUGAAAACGGACCAUCAACACCAGUACCACCGAAUCAGUUACAACAUCAUCAUCACCAUCACCACCAUCACAACAAUCACCAUCACCAUCAUCAAGACUUAAGAAUGGCCAAUAGAAAUGGCGAACGUCCGUCGUAUCAAAAUACGGCAUAUACCGGAAGUGAUGCCGAACCGGAUGGGCCAACAUUGAGUAGCGCCCCGAGUAGCGCCUAUUACAGUGACUUAAGCUCGAAUUCAACAAAUCAACAGAUGCCGUCGACUGUAACGUCAUCCGCACCUACAACGACUCAAACGAAUCUCCAUCUUAAUCCGCAAAACUUGGAAACGCCGCAGUAUAGAUUGGCGGCGAUAAACGAGAGCACGGUGCCCUCGGAUUAUAUUUAAAAAAAGAAGAAAGAAAAAGGGGUGCUAAAGAAGAUUCUUCGAAAAUUACAAAGUGUUUUUAUGGAUUAUAUUGUAUUAUAAUAUUAUAGCAUAUAGUUACUCUUACUUUCUAGUGAUUUUGUUUUAAAUGAAAUUAAUCUU